CCUGCUUCGCCCAUUUGUAUAUAAUACCGCAUAUAUGAUAUUAUAUGUACAAUUGCGUUUUCUCCUUUUGCCAACUUGUUAUAGGGUGCCUCUUACCAUUGCGUAUGUAAUGGCCCUCAGUGCUAUGCAAUUUUCACCCGCAGCAAUUUUUUCUGCCAUUCUGCAUUAAUGGAAUAUCCGCCCAUGCCGACGUUCUGUGAAGAAGGCAUUUUAUCUUCAUGUAUACAUGGCUGCCACAGGGGUAGCUACAUAUAUACACGUUAUGUGCAAGUAACACGUACAUGUGCUUGCGUAAAUAGGAUGAGCAUUUAUUUAUAUUUACUCCUUUAGCUGCCCAUCAUUUUUGCGAAUUUGCCGUUCGUCAUUUUUCCCCUUUUGAGUGGAGGCAUCCAAAUAAUUGUAACUUCACUUUUGCGCGCUUGUGCGCCUGGCAGCGUAAAAUUCACCUGACUGUUUUAUGACAAAAAAAAAAAAAAAAAAAUAUAACCAUUUUGAGUAUUUUUUUCUUUUAAUUUGAUUUAAUGAAAUGUAAAGAGAAAGGAAUAAAAGCAGAUAGAACUCGUUUAAUUUAAUUAGAUUUAAUUUCCACCCAAAAGGAAAAAACAAUUUUUCUCCCCUUGGGAAAAAAACGCAUACGAUUUUGUACGGGUAAAUACACAAGAGGAGCAGCUCCUGUUGUAUCGCCGCAUAGAAAAAAAUAUAAAAAAAAGAAGGAGCAACUUUUUCGUUAGUCAAAGUACGUAAUAAGGAAGACUCGUAAUUUCCAACGCAUACGGCUGCCCCGCCUACACGACCAGUUGUCGCUCGUUCAUCAGCUCAUCUGCGAGUUACCGCGGGCGCACAUGCAACAGUGUAAAUCGUUAGCUUUUUACACUGUCAGAGCAGAAAAAGGAGGGGAAGCAACUCACCGUAGUUGAGAAUUCCAUCGGGAAAUUGUUUUAUGUAACCGUUUAGAAGAUGCCAAAGAAUAAAGGUAAGGGAGGAAAAAACAGAAGGAGAGGAAAAAAUGACAACGAAGGGGAGAAGCGGGAGCUGCUGUACAAGGAGGAAGACCAAGAAUACGCACAAGUGUUAAGGAUGUUGGGGAAUGGCCGAUUGGAGGCCCACUGCUUUGAUGGGGUGAAGCGACUGUGUCAUAUUAGGGGGAAAAUGAGAAAGAGGGUUUGGAUCAACUCCGGUGACAUCAUUUUAGUAUCCCUGCGGGACUAUCAAGACAGCAAGGCGGAUGUCAUUGCAAAAUACACACCUGACGAGGCAAGGAGCCUGAAAACGCACGGAGAAUUGCCCGAAACGGCCAAAAUUAACGAAACGGACAUUUUCGAUGACGACGGACAGAACGGAGUCGAAUUUUUGGACGAUGAAUCUGACGAGGAGGCCCAGGAGGAAAUGAACAACGCGAGGAAAUUGGAAAUAGAAGACAUAUAACGACAAGGAGGGAACCAGAAGAUGCCCAUAAUUUGUAUUCACAUGUGCGUCGCGGAAGAAUCGAAUUAAUUAUUUUCCGUUUUGUUUGACAGCGCUCCUUGUUGUUGUGUGCGUGUGUGUUGUCCUCGUGCCAGUGUUGCCCUUUUUUAAAAAAUAUAUCUUUAUCAAUUUAUUUAUUUUUUGUAACUUUUUUUUUUUUUUUUUUUCUUCUUCCUCCAUAAUGUACAUGUUUAAACCAAACU